AUGGUGGAUAUUCUACUCCAUUCUUCUUUCUUGGGUGAUAUGGGGGAUCAUUCCAAAAAGAAGCCUGGCAUCGCCAUGUGUGUUGGUUGUGGAAGUCAGAUCCACGACCAGUACAUCCUGAGAGUUUCCCCGGACCUGGAGUGGCACGCAGCCUGUUUGAAGUGUGCGGAAUGUAGCCAGUACCUGGAUGAGACGUGCACUUGCUUUGUCCGAGAUGGCAAGACUUACUGCAAACGAGAUUACGUAAGAUUAUUCGGGAUCAAAUGUGCAAAAUGUAACAUCGGUUUCUGCAGCAAUGAUCUUGUGAUGCGGGCCCGGGACAACGUGUAUCACAUGGAGUGUUUCAGGUGCUCGGUGUGCAGCAGACAUCUCCUGCCGGGGGACGAGUUCUCUCUGCGGGAUGAGGAGCUCCUGUGCCGGGCUGAUCAUGGCUUACUAAUGGAGCGAGCCUCCGCAGGCAGCCCGCUAAGCCCCGGGAAUAUUCACUCUGGUAGAUCUCUACACAUGGCAGAACCUGUGCCAAUACGGCAACCACCUCAUCGCAACCACGUUCACAAGCAGUCUGAAAAGACCACUCGCGUGCGGACAGUAUUAAAUGAGAAGCAGCUACACACUCUGCGGACCUGUUACAACGCAAACCCGAGGCCGGACGCGCUAAUGAAAGAACAGCUUGUGGAAAUGACCGGUCUCAGUCCACGGGUUAUACGAGUGUGGUUCCAGAACAAACGCUGCAAAGACAAGAAAAGAUCUAUGCUCAUGAAACAACUCCAACAGCAGCAACACAGCGAUAAAACCAAUCUCCAAGGACUAACAGGUACACCUCUGGUGGCAGGCAGUCCCAUUAGACAUGAUAACACAGUCCAGGGAAACCCUGUAGAGGUUCAGACCUACCAGCCGCCCUGGAAAGCCUUGAGCGAGUUUGCCUUACAGAGUGACCUGGACCAGCCCGCUUUCCAACAGUUGGUGUCAUUUUCCGAGUCGGGUUCCUUGGGUAACUCAUCGGGUAGUGAUGUGACUUCUCUGUCGUCGCAGCUACCUGACACCCCCAACAGUAUGGUGCCCAGUCCCGUAGAGACGUGA